GCAAAGUCUAUCGGAUUUGCUCGAGCGCUAAGGACGGCAUGUCCGUCGAUAGUGUCAAUCGACAAUUCGUCCAAAAGAAAAAAUACUUCCCCGGGAUCGGCUCUGACGAGAAGAUGCACCCGCUCUCCCGUCUGGCUGCUAAUAUCUCCGGCAAAGAUUGUGUGAACCAAAUCAGUGAAGUCUACGAGUAUUGCUGUAUACGAACGGCUUCAGGGCAUCCAGGAAAUGAGAUCUGGCUCUAUGGGUUUAGCCGAGGUGCAUACGUCGUCCGAGCGGUUGCUGGCCUGUUGCACCAUCUUAGGGCACUGACGUCUGCCGGAACACCGGCCUUCAAAUCAGACUUUGCUGGUGGCUUGAGGAGGUACAAAGAUCUCCAAAGAAGAUCAGCGCAAGGAGCUGGUCAAGCUCACGAGUAUCUCGCAGAAAAGACACGGCCGGCUCCUAUAAUCCGUUUUAUAGGAGUUUUCGAUACUGUCAAGGCCGUCAAUGAUCAUUUCUUGUAUGAUAUCAGCUUCAACGACUCAAUUCAGCACUUCCGUCAAUCGCAUGCUCUAAGCGAGGGUAGAAAGGAUCUCUCUCCUGAGUGCCUCUCCUCCGAACUCAAUAGAGCCAUACCAUGUGACCGCAGCCUUAUUCAAGCCAAGUUCCUUGGUGCUCACCUCGAUGUAGGAGAGUCCGCUGCUAAGGAUGGGCUAUCUCUGUAUCCUCUACAGUAGAUGUUACUUAAGAGUAAAGCUAAAGGCCUAGAGCUGCGUUUUGACGGAACCUUUGGUGGCCAGGCUCCCAUCGACGACCCUAUUGCCGUUCUCUUUCCGGACAACGAUGUUGAUGGAAAGGGUAAGGACAUGUGGUCUUGCACCGCCGACAACGGGGUUGUGGCUGAAAUGCAAGGCCUCCGAAAAGUUCACGAGCUAGCGAAGUAUAGCAACCGAUAUUCUGUUCAUCUCAAUCGCGACAACGCGGUGUAAUGGAUCAGGAACUUGAGACAGAUGUUUGCUUUGAACGGGGAAUUACGGGGUUAUUGUUUAUUCGGCGCGUCAUGUGGAAGUCAAUUCUGGCUUUAUAGGCAC